CAACAUAUCAUACUUGCCUUCAAUUCUCUGAGGGCUUUGCUUUCCCUUUUGCCAGUUCAUUUCAAACUUUUCCCUUUCAUCAGUACUAAUAAUGGAGGGAAAUCAACUGCAACGGCAAGCAACCCACAUGAGGAGAACCCUUUUUGAUCAGGGCUAUCUUGAUGAGCAAUUUAUUCAGCUGGAAGAAUUGCAGGAUGAUGCUAACCCUAACUUUGUGGAGGAAGUUGUCAGGGUUUUCUACAAUGAUUCAGCAAGAUUGAUCCGUAACAUUGAAAUGGCAAUGGGAAAAAACCCUAUGGACUUUGGCAAGUUGGAUGAUGUCAUGCACCAGUUCAAGGGUAGCUGCUCAGGCAUUGGUGCCAAAAAGGUGAAAAGGGAAUGCACCCGAUUCCAAGACUACUGCAAGGAAGAGGACCCUGAAGGAUGCAUGGGGGCCUUCCAAGCAGUGAAGCAAGAACAUGCAACCCUAAAGGGGAAACUAGAUGCUUACUUUCAGUUGACAAGGCAAUGUUGAAGGUGAGCCCAACACCUUCAAGGACGGGUUAGCUAGACAAAGAUAUGGCGCCCGUAGCAAGCUUUCCAAAUAUCGCGACUAUGACGAGCAAAUAAUACUACAGCAUCGGGAGAUAUAUCAUUUCACUUGCUAUAGGAUCUCCAUCCAUGACCAUGGAUGGAUAUUUACGGAAAGUAAAAGCAUUAGCAAAUAAUACUAUAGCAUGGCGUUACUUUUCAUUCUCGAUACAGUCAGAGAUGCAGAGGAGUAGCAAUAGCAAAAGAAGAAAUAAUUGGCAGCUUCAAUCAUCAUGAUGAAGUUGUGAGAAGCGUGAAAUUGUAUCCAUAUAUAUGUACUGUAUAUCUCUACCUAUCUGAGAAUUACGGAUAUAAUAUGACAAUAGUUAUCCAGCCUA